CCUGUUUGUUCGUAGUCAGUCGUGACAGAUAUGAUAUCAUCAGCUAAGAGCAUCAGCAUUACUACCACCAUGCCGUCACUCACAGCAUGAGCAGCAGCUUGUGGACGGAGCAGAAGUCGCUCCACCCUCGCGCCACACGCAGGCGCAGAUACCGCCACGACCCACCGGCCUGACACAACCAUCCACACAUCCACACACCAUCACGGCCUCCGUGCAUCUCUGUUGCAUGUGCAUGUGUUGUGUACCAGGGCGAUGGUCUCGGUCUGAAGCCCUCCGCUGCGGUUUGGCAACUCUGAUCACACAUACACACACACACACGAAAGCAGCAUGACAUUCUCGAGGCGUGCUCGUGCUGUAUUGUGUGCACACCCACCGACGUCCUGUAGCCUCUCGAAGUUGAUAGGCGCCGGCCCAGUGGACGCCUCUACCUGCAGCACCCGAACUGGCCAACCAUGCAUCCGGCCAUCAAAUGCAAGAAAAGCCGUGUGGAUGGAUGCCGCACCGCACACAUGACUGAUCAUCGUCUUACUUCCUGUGGACGAUAUCUGGAUGCCCCGCGGCGGUUUGGCGCCGCCCUGGCCCUGCGGCAGCUCCAGGAGGAUCUCCUGUGGGUACAUGCCGGUCGAUAUCCAGAACGUCCGCUCAUUGCCGUCGGUCAUCAUCUGCGGCAGAUGGCGGUCGUCCAUCGACGAGACCUGAACACAGAGAUCAGAGGCAGAUGCAAAGAGAUCUCAUCCAUGCCAGUGGCCAGUGCUUUCAUCUCUGCCUCUCCCUCUCACCAUCAUCACCUUCAAACCAGCCAU